AUGUCAACGAGUUCAUCAUCAACAACAGGAAGUCCAACAAAAUCACCUCAUCAUAAUCAUCACAGAGACUAUAAAGGUUUCUUCAAAAGACAUUUUUCAUUGAAUAAAAAACAAGAAGAACAAGAAGGUACUCAACCUCAAGAAUCUUCCACAAGGAAUAUUAAUGAAGAUAUGGCAAAUUUAUCACUUCAUACAGACACUAAUAAUACCAUCUCGUUGGUUAACCCAGGUCAUAGUGACCCGACUGUACAACAUACAGAUCAUGUAUUGACACCAAAGACUGAAGAAGUUCCUAUGGAUAGUUCAGGCGUGGUAAAUACAGUAACAGAUGAAACUGCUUUAGAUAAUACUGCAUCUAAUACUGCCCCUGCAACAACUUUAGAUGAUGAUGAUGAUGAUGAUGAUAACGAUAAUGAUAAUGAUAAUAAUAAUGAUAAUGAUAAUCCAACUAUAAUGUCCUUAAAACAAAAUUUAUUGGAUACAACAGAUACAACAAUGACUCCCGCUGCAUCAGUAAACUCGACAUCGGGAUCAAUGUAUAAUAAUCAUAUAACGAUUCCUCACUCUGCUGGGACAACAGUGGAUGAUAACAUUAUUAAUGGAACCCCUUAUGGUAAGAAACAAAGUCACCCAUACCAAUAUGAAUAUUUCCCAUUGACGAGUGAUAAGAAUAGUAAUAGUAUUGAUGAAGAUGCAGGUGUCUUACAAAAUGAGGAUAAACUAAUUAAUCAAGCUAUCUUUCAAAAUGUGGUUAAACGUGACAUGAAAAGGAAAAGAAACGACUCCAUGUCAAGUGGGAAUAUUGGUAGUAGUAAAUUAGGAAUGACAUCAUCAAAGGAAACGAAAAGAGAACCAGUCAUGGAAUCUACUACACCAAAGGAAAAACAAAAGAUAUCUGCUACUGCAGCAAUUAUGAUGAAAUUGUAUAAUAAUGAUGCACAAAUUAAAAACGAUAAAGCUAAUGAGGUUUAUAAACGUGACAAUUCAUUAAACACUAAUAACAAUAAUAGUGACGUGGAUUUCAAGGAAUCCCUAAGGAGAAGACAAGAAGUUGAUGCUAUAAAGAAAUCUGAACAAAUUGAAAUAUCUCAAACGAACCCUUCCACUACUUUAGAAAAUGAAAAAUUAAAAAUUAAAAAGACAAUUACUUCAGAGUCAUCUUAUUCCUCAGAAACUGACUCUUAUAUGGAUGAGGACGAGGAAGAUGUUGAAGUUAUUCUGAAAUGGAGAGAUCAAAUAUCUGAUAUUGCUGACAUUAAAAUUUAUGUCAUCUCAAAGGAAAUAGUCUCUACGUUACUAGCUGUUCAUCCGCACUAUGAAAUGCACGACAUCGAUAAGAAAGAAUGUAGAUUGCAUAUGAUUUAUGAUCCAAAACAAAAAGAAUGGUUUCUACCAGGGUUGUGUUUACCACCAGGUAUUUACAGAUUCCAGUUUUCUAUUAACGGUAACUUAACCCAUUCUAACUACUUACCAACAGCAACUAAUACUUUAGGUAGUGUAGUUAAUUGGUUUGAGGUUCUUCCUGGAUAUGGACAAAUUGAACCAUACCGUGAUUAUGAUAAGAUAAAUUCCAGUUCAGUAAACUUACAUGAUGAUAAUAGUAAGAAUAACGCCCAGAGGACAUAUUCAACGGCUUCUUUAACCGAUUAUGCGGGUAUUAGUAGGUCAAACUCAAUGAUUAAUAAAUCGUCCGGUUCAACCUUAAGAAUUGCCAAUUAUUUCAAUGCAUUACAACCUUUAACUCCAAAAGAACCAGCGUAUAGUAAUGAAAUUCCAGAACUAUUUAAAUUCGACACAGAUUUAACUGGAACUCUAUCCCAGCCAGUUGAUGUAAGUGCACCAUUUGAUAUGACAUUAUCCAAAGUUGUAGAGUGUAAUCAAGAUGAAUUGUUUGCCAACAUGCAGAGAGUUGCGAAGAUGAAUGCGGAUGAAGCAGAGAAAUUCUUCCUAACAAAGUUUAAGGUUGCAGAAUUGCCAGUUUAUUUGAAUUCAAAUUAUUUGAAUAAAAACUUUAACAACGAGGUUAACCAUAUAAUACCGCAUGUUAACUUGAAUCAUCUAUUGACAAGUUCAAUUAAAGAUGAGAUUAUUUGUGUUGGUUGUACGACAAGAUAUGCAGGUAAAUUUAUAACUCAAGUCAUGUAUGCCCCAUGCUCUUCUAAAUCAGACUCUCAGUGA